UCUAUACCAUUUGACAUACGAUUGACAAAGUGCAAAUGCAAACUGAGUGUCUAGGAAACUUUUCAAUUUUGUUUUAAUGAAAAAAUAAUUGAAUGAUAGUGCAAUAAAUUUAACUUAAUACCACCCAAGAUGACUCUGUAUCAUUUUGGCAAUUGUUUGGCUUUGGUGUACGCCCCGUAUCAUAUGGCGUACAAAUACUCUGGCAUAUCUGAGUAUGCGACGUUUUCAAAAUGCGUUUAUGCGGGUGGUCUAUACAUUUUCACUCAGCUGUGCAAAAUGUUACUUCUAGCCACUUUCUUUCCUGAUUCAGAUAGCAGUCAUAUAACUGGAGAAUACAAUGUUGUUUUGGAGCUACUGAAAGCAACCGUAGAUUUGGCAGACUUGGUUGGUCUUUACUUUGCACUCAACUCGGUUCCAGGCAAAGGACAUGCAAAAAUCUUCACAGCCGCCAUUGGGUGGGCCAGUGCUGAAGUUGUGGUAACACGAAGUGUACUCCUGUGGGUUGGGGCUCGAGGCUCAGAAUUCGAUUGGCGUUACGUUCGUGCCUGCGCUGAGUCUAACGUAGCUUUGCUCGAACAUGCCGCCACUGCAGCCCUCGUCUGGCUCUGGACUCGGAGUGAUCUACCCCGAAAGCACUCCCCCAUGGUCGUAACGCUGCUUGCGCUGACACCAUACAGAGCAUUGAUGGAGGAAGCAAUUGGAGCAGUCCUCCACCUCAGUGCAUGGGCUUUGCUGGCUGUAAGAGCAAUACACGCUUUUGCAGUGGGGCUCACAGCAUUAGCAAUGUAUGCCGUAUUGGCACAACAAAUAGGAAUAUAACUGUGUAUUUUGCCAGUGUUUGCAUUUACUUUAUAUUUAUUUGUUAUUAGUAAUUUAUACAACUGUGUGAAUGUUAUUAAUGUGGUUACUUUCCAACAAUAUACUGUACUGUAAACAAUCGA